GUGGCGCUCAGGUGCGAGGGCGGAGGAGGGAGGGAGGUCACAUGACUAAGCGGCCGUGUGGGCGGAGCCGGCUAGUUUCGGCCAGGUAAGAAGCGUCCUGGAUGAAAUAGGUGCCUGUGUGUGGAUGAGUAUCGCCCACAGGGACAGCACCUGCACCUCCGGCGCCGUCUGUGUCCUCACCUGCGUGACUGAUGGAUCUGUCUGUGUUACUGGCGCUACUCACCACUACGCUCUCCAGCCUGUCACUGGUCUUGGCAUCAAAUGACACGAGCACCACAGAAGCGCCACGAGGAUUGUCGGAGUCUGAGCGACUGGCAGCGAUAAUCGUCCCGUCUAUUGUGGGCGGCCUCAUCUUAAUCGGCAUCCUCGCUUUCAUAAUCGUCAAAGUGAAAGAGAAGCGUCAGACGGAGGGGACUUACCGGCCCAGCAGUGAAGAGCAGGCAGGAUCCAGGACAGAACCCAAUGCGGCCUUAAAACUUCCCCCUGAGGAAAGGCUGAUCUAAUCGUGGGCCUUUGCUGGUGGCAGCAGGAGUAGGUGACCAAUCCUCAGACUCCCCAAUUCUGUACAAUGACUCUGCUGAGGCCAGUUUCAACUCAAGAGCAAGGAGAUGACCAAACACCAGAGACAAACCUGAGAUGAUGUUUACUGCUCUGUAGCUGGAGAAGUCUUCUUUCUCUUAGUCUUGAUGAAUCCAUCAGCAAGACCUGCCCAAGAAUGAUGGCAAGGACAGUUGUGACGUAACUCAGCCCAUCUAAUCUUUAGCCAGACUUGCGGUCACGCCAUUCGAUGGAGGAGAAUAGCGUAUCGCCACUGAAGUCGUCCAAUUUCAUGGGCACAACUACUGAUUUAAAGGUUACUGGCUUCCUAGCACCACACAGCUGUCACACAUGGACUCAAUGAGAAGAAAGAUGGUGUAGCAGCCUCCAUUUCUCAUUAAGCAGUAUUAGAUGCGGAGGGAAACCUAAGAGGUGGGGAGUUGCAUCUUAUAAGGGGUCAGUGCCAUGACGGCUCCUUAUUCGAGCAGGGUAAUACGUACUACUGAGCGACUGCUGGGACAACCCGUCACAAAAUAGGGUUUAGAACCGUCCCCAAAAUGUUCACAUGAGGUUUUUAAGGUUUCAUUAUGUUUUUAGUGAUAUUACAAUUGUAGAUAGCAGAAUUAUUUCUCUAUCGUCCUAGUGGAUGCUGGGGUUCCUGAAAGGACCAU